AACUUAUUUUGGGCUCCAGUUUUAGAUGAAGGAGUUGUGAAACACUACAGAAUCAGACAACUGGAUGAGGGGGGCUUUUUCCUUAGCCGGAGAAGAGCCUUUUCAACACUGAGUGAGUUUGUGAGCCACUACACCAGGACGAGUGAUGGCCUAUGUGUCAAGCUGGGAAAACCAUGCUUAAAGGUACAGGUCCCAGCUCCUUUUGAUUUGUCAUAUAAAACCGUGGACCAGUGGGAGAUAGACCGCAACUCCGUACAGCUUCUGAAGCGAUUGGGAUCUGGUCAGUUUGGCGAAGUAUGGGAAGGCCUGUGGAACAAUACAACUCCAGUGGCGGUCAAAACAUUAAAACCAGGUUCAAUGGAUCCAAAUGACUUCCUGAGGGAGGCACAGAUAAUGAAGAGCCUCAGACAUCCAAAGCUUAUCCAGCUUUACGCUGUUUGUACUUUAGAAGAUCCAAUUUAUAUUAUUACGGAGUUGAUGAGACAUGGAAGUCUGCAAGAAUAUCUCCAAAAUGAUGCUGGGUCAAAAAUCCAUCUGACUCAACAGGUAGACAUGGCGGCACAGGUUGCCUCUGGAAUGGCCUAUCUGGAGUCCCAGAACUACAUCCACAGAGAUCUGGCUGCCAGAAAUGUCCUUGUUGGUGAACAUAAUAUCUACAAAGUAGCAGAUUUUGGACUUGCAAGAGUUUUUAAGGUAGAUAAUGAAGAUAUCUAUGAAUCUACACACGAAAUAAGGCUGCCGGUGAAGUGGACUGCACCUGAAGCCAUUCGUACUAAUAAAUUCAGCAUUAAGUCUGAUGUAUGGUCAUUUGGAAUCCUUCUUUACGAAAUCAUUACUUAUGGUGAAAUGCCUUAUAGUGGUAAGACAGGUGCUGAGGUAAUCCAGUUGUUGGGUCAAAACUAUAGACUCCCACAACCAUCUAACUGUCCACAGAAAUUCUACAGCAUCAUGUUGGAGUGCUGGAAUGCAGAGCCUAAGGAACGACCAACAUUUGAGACACUGCACUGGAAACUUGAGGACUAUUUUGAAGCAGACUCUUUAUAUUCAGAUACAAAUAAUUCAUAAGAUGAACACUAAAUGAGCACACCAAAUAAUGAAGUAGCCAAAAUACUGAAUCAUCAGUCCAGAAAUACAACCUUAUCAACCAACUGCAAAAUCAAUUUAUUUUGACCUAUUCAAGUGAUAGGGUAAAUUUGACCAUGUCUUAUAAAAUAGAUUAUAUGUGCAUUUUAUUGACUGGGCAAUACUGCAGGACAGUCUAAGAUGAUAUAUCAUUUUCCCACUGCCUGGUAAAUCAAACACACAGAACAAAGUUACUUUUCUUUUUAAGAGAUACUUAAAUUUUUACUUAUUGUUUGAAAUGCCGAUCAAGAGAAUCAACAGAUGAUAGUCAAUUUUUACUCAGUGACUGUGAUAACAUUUUCCUGUUUACUGAUUAGGGUGGUUAUUCAUUAUUCCUUGAAUCGCUGAAUUCCAUCAGGCUCUUAUUAUGAAGGAAUCUGAUUGCUUUGCUGCACAGCAGGACCUGUGCUUUGAGAUUUUUCUUUUUCUCUUUUAAAAUAUCCUGUAACUACAAUGAUGGUAAAGCCAUGUUAAAUGACUUGAUUGUACUUGGAGUAAUUGCACAUAUUUUUUUCUAUGUAUAAAAAAAUGAAGCAGC